ACCGUGAGCGCAUUUUGAACAUCAAACAUGGCUGCGGUAGAUUUCGGAGACACUGAACUCUUCGAGCAGUUCGAGGAGAAAGUGCCAGUCGCUAAACACAUUCGAAUGACACAUAAUGAUGAUGACGACGACGAAGAAGGUUCAGAUCAACUUCGACAGUCAUUAGAAGAGUGCGAAGAGAGAAUACAACGUCUGAAUGCAGAGAAUGAGGAACUGAAGAGAAAGUUAAAUAUAUUAAGUCGUCCUAUGGGUAUAAAAAUUGAAAAUUCCAAAACCGAUGGGCCACUGUACCAAGUUCUUUUUGGAAACAAUAGCAUUUCCAAGCAACAUCGGCAAGAGAUUGAAGACUUCAUCUUCCAUCUUGUCCAGAAACACCUACAUGAGCAGAACAAUGUUCCAGACGGCUCUGCUCUUCAUGUCAACCCACAUUAUUCAAGUUUUGUCAUGGAGGAGAGCUACAAAAAGAAGGCUUCCUGUACCUCCAAACAUAUCAAAGAUGCUUUCAGUAUGAUAGGGAGUGUUUUGUACUUCACCAACUUCUGCAUUGACAAACUUGGCCAACCGCUGCUGAAUGAAAACCCUCAACUUACUGAAGGAUGGGAAGUUCCCAAAUACCAGCAGGUCUUUGGCCAGGUCAUUGCCUUUGAAGGCCAAGAGGUGCAAAUAAAGGAGAAAAGACCAAGACCAUGCUGUUUUAACUGUGGUUCUGUGGACCAUCAGCUGCGAGACUGUCCAGAGCCUAAAGAUAUGGCUCGCAUCAAUGAGAAGAGGAGGGAGUUUUCACAGAACAACAAUCAGAGCAACCAGCGAUACCAUGCAGAAGAGGUCGAGGAGCGGUUUGCAAAGUACAAGCCAGGAAAAGUGAGUCAAGAGCUUCUUGAUGCCCUUGGGGUCACAGCAAACACCCUUCCACCGUUCAUCUAUCGCAUGAGGGAGCUGGGCUACCCGCCUGGCUGGUUAAAAGAAGCAGAGAUGGAAAACUCUGGUUUAAUGCUCUAUGAUGGCAAGGGAACAAAUGAUGGUGAGCGUUCUGAAGAUGAAGAAAACCUCAGCCAAAAGAUAUCUUAUGAUGUCUCCCGGCUGGUUGAUUUUCCUGGAUUCAAUGUCAAUCCACCACCCAACAUAAGGGAUGACUUCAGGUCUUUUGGAUCCAUUCCCAUGCAGCCUCAGCACUGGAAACAAAAUUUUGCUGCUUUUUUGAGCAAUACUUUUCCAGAGCCUGGCUCUAACUGCAAUAAGAGACGUCAUGAGUCUGAAUCAACACCCGAGCAGACAAAGAAACGGAGAUCCAGUUCAGACCCACGCCACGGUUCUGAUAUGGAGAUAGAGUCAGAUCAUGACACACCUCAAAAUAGACCUGAUGGAUUCCAGUUCCAAACACCACUCCCUCCUGGUUCUUCACCUGUAGGCAUUCCUCCACCCCUACCACUGGGAACGCCUCCCACCACGCCCACCCCACCUCCACUCCCUAAAGGUACUCCACCUGCUACUCCACCCACACAUUAUUCUCCAUCUAGUCGAAUGAGAGGCAUGGCUGAUGGGGAGGAAUCAGAAGAUGGGCUAACCCUAGAAGAACUUGAGGAGCAGCAAAGGCUUCUUUGGGCAGCCCUCGAGAAGGCAGAUACUGCAACUAACAGCGAUUCUGAUGCAGGAGCUUCCGGGACCCCUGUCCCAAGUUCCCCCAGUAUUUGCACUCCUGUCAGGCCUGAUACAGAAGAGGAAGAACAACAGGUUAAGAUGGAGAACUUGAGUCAUGCAUAUGAAAUCAUGAGCACACCUGCUUCACCCAUUGAAGAGUCAGAGGCCAGUGUUUGUGAGGAUGAGACAGAGAGAAUAGAUGAAACAACUAGUGAUGGAGAAGUAAAACAUUCGAUAAAUGAAAACGUGAUCAAUUCGCAACCAGACAUGGGUGACAUUAUUGUCCUGGAUGAAAUUUAUGAGCAAAAUGAUGAUCAAGAUGCAUCGAAUAUCACUGAAGCCACUCCACAAACAAGCACGCAAGAGUCAAACGCUCCAGCGGUUGAGAACACAGUGGAACCUGAAAUAAAUAAAGUAACUUUCGUUCCACACCGUAGCAAAUUUGCUGCAGGAAUAAUUCCUUUUGAGGACACGCCUGAGUUUACAGAGGUCGCUGAAGCAACAGGGGUUUACCUCAAGAUUCGAGAUCUUCUCAAAAGCUCCCCAAGAAAUCAGGCCAAAAACAAAAAAUAAUUGAAGACGUCUGUUUUUUUUAACUUGUGGCCCACGAAUGCUUUUUUUCUUACUGUUACCCAGUCAGUUUAUAUGUAGUGUAACUUUGGUGAUCUGUUUCUUUUUUUACGGGUUAUCAAUAGUGUGAUUUGCAUCAUUUUAAAAAAAGAAAAUAACAAAAAACACAGAUUGGCACAUUUGAUCUUCAUGUACCUGGACAUUAACUGGCUUUUUUACUUCAGAUUUACUGUGCUGUAGAUAAUUUUUUUUAUUCUUCCUGUUGAGUUAUUUGGGUCCUUUUUGCUACAUCUUGUGGCAUGCUCAGUUGUAUGCCUAGCACAGUUAAUUUGUGUAAUUUAUUAUGAAUAUCUUUCAUCUUAAAUAAUUUCUUAAAGAUUCUGACCGUUUAUAAUGGUGCCCACUUCACUGAAUUAAAAUUUUUAACUAGAGAAUGGUAGUAAAAGCAAAUCAUUUCACUUUUAAUAUUUCAAUAUAAAGUUGUUGCUCCCUGUCACCACUCAACCAGGCCCAGGUGAAUUAUUUCUACAGUUUUCACUAGGGAUGUGCGAGAGUGGUUGACUAAACGGUUCUGAUGCUGCUAGUCAACACUAGAAUUACUAGUCGCUUUAUAUUUUUACAAAGGCUGCGCUUAAAUUGAUGUUCAUGUUACACAUUUUAAAUAUAAUUAUACAAAUACUAUUAAAAAAAGUUAAUAUCUGGAGCAGAUACAAAGUUUCAUUUCACCUCACGGCAUGCAUAGGAAAAUGUCCUCUCACUGGACAAGCAAACUCAGCAAAGUAGCUAUGAAAUCACUUCGGUGGUGGUGCGGGAAGAAGAUUUCCAAAAUGUUGGCUUGAAAGUCGCUAUGGAUGUUUUCACAUUUGAGUCUUUAAAUCUGUGCGUGCUUGUAAGUUAUUUUCCUGCUGAGUGGGCUUUUUCAAGUGCAGGAUAAUUGCCUCAGGUGAGUCAGGUCCGUCUUUCACAAGACCAUGUUGACAUGUUAAUUUUGCUCAUCAAAAAUGUAUGCUUUUAAGUAGCCUAGAAAAUUACUGUUUUAACCUGGAUAUGCCUUUUUUUUUUUUUUUUUACAGAGUGACUAUUUGCACCCCGAUCUAAAUAGCAUCUGCCACACAGUGCAGCUAUAGGUGUCGCUGCAGUGGCGUGGGGUGUAAGGAUGGUGUGAAUGCUCUGUUGUCUUGGCGACCAUGGUUUGAAUCCUCAUUUUGUCCCACUCUUAUUCCCAUCUGAUUUCCUGUUUCCACUCUUAAUAUUUCCUUUAAUAUUACUAAAUAUAAUAGAUAAAAAUGAAUGUAAAUGUUGAUUUCAUCACAGUGGUAUGGUCACGGUGAAUGUCGAGGAGUGUAGAGAAGGGUUUGAUCCGGAGGCGGGGUCUGUCGAUCGCACUCAUUCGGCUCGGCAUAGCUUGUGUGUAUAUUGCAUCAUACUAUAGUAAUAUUGUAGUAACCAUGUUUUUUUGGUUUUUUUGGCAGAAACCAUAGAUGCAGUUAACAAUGGUGUUGCUACAGUAAUAUGGUGGUAAUAUACAGUAUUGUGCAAAAGUGUUAGGCACUUUAAGAUGUUUCACAAAAACAUUUGUCUUAAGAUGGUUAUUUAUAUCUUCAGCUUUAGUGUGUAAAUAAGAAAUAUACAUUUUAGACUCUCAAACAUUCCUUUUGCAAAAAUAAUAGAAUAGAAGAACAGGGAGCCAUGCAACAGAUGGCAUGGCCCCCACUGAACAUAGAGUCAGUUUGGGAUAUACAUGAAGAGACAAGCAAUUGAGACAUCCUUAAUAAAUAGAAGAACUGUGGCAAAUUCUCCAAGAAGCUUAGAACAUCCUAUCUGCCAAAAACAAAGAAAAACUGUGUCCAGGUGUGCUUAGGAGAAUUGGUGCUCUUUUGAAGGCAAAGGUGGUUACACCAAAUAUUGAUUUAUCUUUUUUAUGUUCACUGGACCUUGUAUGGUGUUAAUUGAUAAAUGAAAACUAUUGCACAGUACUGUAACCACAGUUAAUUUUGUGGUUACUGCAAUUUAUAACAAAAUACCAUGGUGAAACUGGUUUCUGUAGUAAGACCAAGGUUAUUUUUUCUAAGGUAAGGUUAGGAUUAGGGGUAAGGGUUAAUGUAGUGAGUAUGUGGAACUCUAAAUAAACACAAACACUGCAGUGAUGCCCAUUUACUGUAUGCUAGUAUAAAUAUGGGUGCAAAUUGUAUCUGACACUAUUUGCACCAGGAUUGGGGUGCAAAUAAUAUCUGACACUUUGCACUGGGGUGUAAAUAGCAUGUACCAUUAUUUGCACUAGUGUGCAAAUAUCAUCUGCCUUUUUUUUUUUUUUUUACCCUGCUGAUUAAGAAGGCUAUUUUCAACUAUGUGCCAACUGCUUAAUGGAUGAAACUAUCUUUUGUUCUGUGUGCAGGCACGUCAUGUUUAGAAUAUAUUAGGGUUUACGGCAGCAUCCCGCAGAUCUGACCCAUUCUUCCCCGAAGUUCAUAACAAACUGUCUAACUGUCCCUUCUCUGUGCGCUCGCGCAGUGACGCCAUCCUCUCUAAUGUGGAUCAUGGGGAAGAAAAGGGUUAUGCCCAACUACCCCCUGUGGAGGAGGCUGUAGCAGCACACCUCUGCCCAGCGAGUAAACGGAUUGUGGAAAUCACACCCCAUACAUCCUUCCAAACCAUGUCGACAAACGUCCCCACUGGUGGGAAAAGCUUACUCAGCGGCAGGACAAGCUGGAUCAGCACUCCGCAGUGUUGGUGCUCCAGGUAUUUCAAGCCAAGCUCCUCAAGCAAAUGGACGAGCACGGCUUCAAUCCAGAGACAUUCAGAGAACUCUGCACCAUUACAGACUUAGCGCUGCAUGCCACGAAAGUCACUGUGUAGGUCAUUGGCAAGUCCUUGGGCAACCUGGCAGUUCUUGAUCGACAUAUAUGGCUGACCCUCACAGAAAUGAGUGAUAAGAUAAAAGCCACUCAGUUGGAUGCUCCAGUGCCUCCAGCCAGCCUCUUUGGCGGCUCUGUGAAUAAGUUUGCUGAGCGUUACGUCGCAACUCAGCAGCAGUCACAGGCUAUGAGACACUUUAUGCCCAAAUGGAGUAUAUCACAGCCGGUUCGCCCUCGCUCUGUUUUGAGCCAGCACCCGAAUAAAAGCCCCAUACCUGCUGCCUCACCAGCACCUGCAUAUCAGCAUGCACAGCAAAAGCGCUCCUGACGGGCACAACCCUUUGAAGCGGAAAGCAGAGCCCGCGGUUCCCUCCGGGUCUGCUCCAAAAAAAGGCUUGAUUAGAGACACAAAACACUGUUCCCCAUCUCCCCACUACUGUUUGUCAGGAAAGGAAUAUUAUUGUUCACAAUAUUGUUCAAAAUGUUGUUCCUGUGUCUUGCACUCAAAUAAAUGCAAUAAAAAAAA